GUACCAGUAUACAUACUUUUGGAAAUUUGGACCCGGUCUAUAAAAGAACGGAAUUAUUAACACUCGCGGAUAUGCAGAGGAAUAAUGGAUACCGUCAAUGAAAAGUCGACUCCUCCGUACAGCUUUUGAGGGGAAUGGCUGACGACGGACCAGUUCGACCCCUUCAGGUUGGAUCGAGCGAAUUUCGGAGGUUUAGAAAGAGAAGUAGCGACAGGAUCUUUCUAAAGUUUCUUUACGGCUCUGAUUGUAAUCUUGUUAUUUCAUUUUUAUAAAAUAAUCGCAACGAGCAGUGGAGGCGAAGUACAACCCGGAACCCUCGAUGACAAAUUGGACUUCAACCCUGAAAAUUUGUUUGUUUUGGUUUCCAUUUUGAGGUUAAAAGCGCGAGUUCACAAAUCGCUGUAAAAAUGGGAUUUUUCAGUUUUUGAAGUAUUUUAAGAAAGAAAUAAAAGUGGCAAGAGCAAAUUAGAGUUAUUUGCAACUCUCGUCGUCGUUACGGAGGAUUUCCCGGUCGUACAGUAAUCAGCGACCGAGAUCCGGGUGUCGCGAAAGGAACCCUUUGGCAAGUUUUCAGUUUUCAUCACGGCACGAUCUCCGGCAAUUGGGAUUACAUAUAACGCAUAUUGCUACCAAGGUAACUACUCAGGAAACUGGAUUGAAUGACCGUAUUGGGGUAAAUCCUCACUGAAGAAGGACAGCGUUAGAGUGAUUGUGCGACGAGUACGCAAGCAGAAUGGAUUUCCAACUAGAGAGUAAAGCGACAACCAAGCUGAUCGUCCACAUGAGCGUACUUUCGCUAGCGCUGAACGCCUCAUUUUUCUUCUUUCUGCUGCAUACUAACCGGCUGUACGAUAUGGGAAAGUUAAACUCAUCGAUCCUGCUGUUGCUGCUCCUGCCAGCAGUGGAACUGCUCAAGCAUUUUUACGCAACGCGCGCAUUCCAGCUUGAUAGCACAGCACAGAUCGGACUUGGUGGAAGCGGCAACAUACCAACCGGGAGAGUGUACACGAACAAAACAGCCGGACGAUUCCAGUUGAAGGAGCUCUUCCACUCGAUCGUACUGCUGGCGAGCACGGUCCUGUUCUAUGCCUUCAUCUGCACAGUAUUGGGUGCGACAGUGCAAGAGUACGAGGAGACAAUUUUUCUGGCCCUCACAAUGACCACACUGACGGUCUUUCCGAUUGUGUUGCUCAUCGGACAAGCGAAAACCUAUUCGUUCUUACUCUCGGAACCGGUGGUGCUUCGAUGUCCGCGUACCAACAGCUACUUUAAUUACCUUAAGCAAAACUGUAUAGGAGUGUUGCUGGGUGCAUGGGCUGCAUCGGUAGUUGCUCCCUUGGACUGGGAUCGACCGUGGCAGAUUUACCCGAUACCGAAUUACGUCGGUUGCUUCGUUGGCCAGUUUGGGAGGAGUGUAUACAACCUUCUUAGUACGAUAUAUCUCCAAUUUUACCGGGAUCGGCACACGAAAAUUGUGUAGAUGGGGCGGAAAGAUGCGUCCGUUCGCUUCCAAAGAAGGACAUCGUCUAGUCCAAACGUAUUAAGUAGAUAAAGCGAAUAAACUGCGAAAUAA